AUGCCAAGAGUGACACCACCUCGAUCCCCACGCUCUGAGCCUGCGCAAGCCGCAGCCUCUGGCGCGGAGUCUUCGUUAGGUCCAAGUGUCAACCCCGAUCCUGGUCCAAGAUCCGUGACAGCAGCCGACGCGCAAGCCGCUGCUCUAAGCGCGGAUUCGCCAGGAGAGGGUGCCAACCAGGCAGAGGCUGAGGUGACGUCCUUGUCGGAACUCGGUUCAUUAGCCGUCGAUGCAUUGAACCUGUUCAUUGACAACCAAGACCCACCAGCCGCUGCCGCAGGCGCGGGUUCAGAAAGCUCGAAGUGGGCAGGUGCAGCCUCUGAGGCUGAUUCGGGCCCAACUCUCUUCCCGCCUUCCGUGAUUGAGCACGAAGAUAGGGACCUCGAGCUUGAAGAGCCCUUCGCCGGUCCAAAGGGUCUAGACUAUCCCGGCGACACAGAGAUCCAUCCUCUCGAUAGCCCCACGGCCGAAGACCAUCCG